AGGAGGUCCUACCAAGUGCACCGCAUCGCAUAUGUAUCCGACACUUAUAUGCAAACUUUAGGGGUGAUGGGCACAAAGGAUUGGUGCUAAAAGACAAGCUGUGGAAAGCAGCUGCUGCAUAUAAUUUUUAUGGGUAUCAAAGGGAAAUGGAGGCGCUGAGGAAAUUGAGUCCAGCUGCCCAUGCUUAUUUGGAGAAGAUUGACCCCCGUACCUGGGCUAGGGCUUUCUUUGACACCACCCCAAAGUGCGACUUGAUCAUGAACAACUUAUGCGAGUGCUUCAACUCGUACAUCAUCCAUGCCCGAGACAAGCCAAUCAUUACCAUGCUGGAGAUGAUUAGGAAGAAGUUGAUGAUGCGAUACCAGAAGAAGAGGCAAGGAAUAAGGGAGUAUGUCGGGGAAUGGUGCCCGAAGAUAUUGGCAAAGUUAGACCAAUGUGGAAAGGAUGCUGCGGAAUGUACUUCAACUUAUGCUGGGGAUGGAAUCUAUGAAGUGUUGUGCAGUUAUGGCACAUUUGUGGUUAGCUUGACGGACCGUGUUUGUGGGUGCAGGCAGUGGGAUAUGACUGGCAUUCCAUGCCCACAUGCCAUCUCAGCCAUUUUAUAUCAUUCUGCAAAACCUGAACAGUACCUGCAUCCGUAUUACAGUGUUGAGAAUUACAAAAUGGCUUAUGACCCAAUGAUAUACCCAGUGCCAAGUGAGGACCAAUGGGUCAGAACCGGGCAAGAUGAGGUUCACCCACCCGUUAUUAGAGCUACCCCAGGCCGGCCCAAGAAGCUCCGGAGAAGGGGUCCAGAUGAGCCAAGAAACCCACAUUGCAUGAGGAAGGGUGGUGUAAGCAUGAGAUGCUCGAAGUGCAGGACAGUUGGCCAUAAUGCUAGGACUUGCCCUAGGAGGAAGAGGAAGUCCACUCCAAGCACUGCAACAGAGUUGAACUUAGAUGAUAUUCCUUCUCACCCAAUUGCUGAUGAUUCACAGCCUACGGAAUCAUCUACAGCUGCACAACCUGUUUCACAGCCCAAAAAGAGAGUUCCACCUACUACUGUUGAUCCUACUUCAACGAAAAGGAGUAAGACAAUGGCUCCCUCAAUGCAUACUCGGGCAUCACAAAGAGCAAAUUCCACAGCUGCAAAAUCUGUUGCUGCAAGGCCUAUUAGGAGGUCUGGUAGGUUGAUGGCAGCAUUUAAGGAGCCCGAUCCCAACAAAGAGAUACCCACUAUUGACCUAACAUGUGAUGAUUCACAACCAGCAGUAUGCACUCGGGAACCGGCCAGGGCACUCGGAGUUGUCAUUCGAGAACCAGUAAGGAAGCCAGCAAGAGUGGUGGUACCAACAGUGGAGAAGGGUAUACGAAGAAUGGAAGCUAAAAACAAAGGGAAAAAACCAAUAUGGCAGCCUUGAUGUGUUUUUAUAAACUGU